AUGACUCAUUUUGAAGAUAUCGAGCCUGCGUGCUGCCGAAGCAGGGCGCCGAGUCCAUGCGAACUGCCAUCUGAUCCGCUCUUAUCAAUGAAGCAGCCGAUCAUGGCGGAUGGCCCCCGGUGCAAGAGACGCAAACAAGCCAAUCCCAGGAGGAAAAACGUGGUGAACUAUGACAAUGUAGUGGACACGGGUUCUGAAACUGAUGAAGAGGACAAGCCUCAGAUUGCUGAGGAGGACGGGAUUGCUAACCCUCUGGACCAGGAGAGAAGUCCAGCUAGCGUGCCCAACCAUGAGUCCUCCCCACACGUGAGCCAAGCUCUGUUGCCAAGAGAGGAAGAGGAAGAUGAGAUAAGAGAGGGUGGAGUGGAACAUGCCUGGCACAACAGCGACAUUCUACAAGCCUCUGUAGAUGGGCCAGAAGAAAUGAAGGAAGACUAUGACACUAUGGGGCCGGAAGCCACGAUCCAGACCACAGUUAACAAUGGUACAGUUAAGAAUGCAAAUUGCACAUCAGACUUUGAGGAAUACUUUGCCAAAAGAAAACUGGAGGAACGCGAUGGUCAUGCAGUCAGCAUCGAAGAGUACCUUCAGCGCAGUGACACAGCCAUCAUUUACCCAGAAGCCCCCGAGGAGCUGUCUCGCCUUGGCACGCCAGAGGCCAAUGGGCAGGAAGAAAAUGACCUGCCACCUGGAACUCCAGAUGCUUUUGCCCAACUGCUGACCUGCCCCUACUGCGACCGGGGCUACAAGCGCUUGACAUCACUGAAGGAGCACAUCAAGUACCGCCACGAGAAGAAUGAAGAGAACUUUUCCUGCCCUCUGUGUAGCUACACGUUUGCCUACCGCACCCAGCUCGAGCGGCAUAUGGUGACGCACAAGCCAGGGACAGAUCAGCACCAAAUGCUGACCCAAGGAGCAGGUAAUCGCAAGUUCAAAUGCACAGAGUGUGGCAAGGCCUUCAAAUAUAAACACCAUCUGAAGGAACACCUGCGAAUCCACAGUGGUGAAAAACCGUACGAGUGCCCCAACUGCAAGAAACGUUUCUCCCAUUCUGGUUCCUACAGUUCACACAUCAGCAGCAAGAAAUGUAUUGGCUUAAUCUCUGUAAAUGGCCGAAUGAGAAACAAUAUCAAGACAGGUUCUUCUCCUAAUUCUGUUUCUUCUUCUCCUACUAAUUCGGCCAUUACCCAGUUAAGAAACAAAUUGGAGAAUGGAAAACCACUUAGUAUGUCUGAACAGACAGGCUUACUUAAAAUUAAAACAGAACCACUAGACUUCAAUGACUAUAAAGUUCUUAUGGCCACACAUGGGUUUAGUGGCACUAGUCCUUUUAUGAAUGGUGCACUUGGAGCCACCAGCCCUUUAGGAGUUCAUCCGUCUGCUCAGAGUCCAAUGCAGCACUUAGGUGUAGGGAUGGAAGCCCCUUUACUUGGAUUUCCCACAAUGAAUAGCAAUUUAAGCGAGGUACAAAAGGUUCUACAGAUUGUGGACAACACAGUUUCCAGACAAAAAAUGGACUGCAAGGCUGAAGAAAUUUCCAAGUUGAAAGGUUAUCACAUGAAGGAUCCAUGCUCUCAACCUGAGGAACAAGGAGUUACUUCUCCUAAUAUUCCACCUGUAGGUCUUCCAGUAGUGAGUCAUAAUGGUGCCACUAAAAGUAUUAUUGACUACACGUUAGAAAAAGUCAAUGAAGCCAAAGCUUGCCUCCAGAGCUUGACUACUGACUCAAGGAGACAGAUCAGUAAUAUAAAGAAAGAGAAGCUACGUACUUUAAUAGAUUUGGUCACCGAUGACAAAAUGAUUGAGAACCACAACAUAUCCACUCCAUUCUCCUGCCAGUUUUGUAAAGAAAGUUUUCCUGGCCCCAUUCCUUUGCAUCAGCAUGAACGUUACCUUUGUAAGAUGAAUGAAGAGAUCAAGGCAGUCCUGCAACCCCAUGAAAACAUAGUCCCCAACAAAGCUGGAGUUUUUGUUGAUAAUAAAGCCCUCCUCUUGUCAUCUGUACUUUCUGAGAAAGGAAUGACAAGCCCCAUCAACCUAUACAAGGACCACAUGUCUGUACUUAAAGCAUAUUAUGCUAUGAACAUGGAGCCCAACUCUGAUGAACUGCUGAAAAUUUCCAUUGCUGUGGGCCUUCCUCAGGAAUUUGUGAAGGAAUGGUUUGAGCAACGAAAAGUCUACCAGUACUCAAAUUCCAGGUCACCAUCACUGGAAAGGAACUCCAAGCCGUUAGCUCCCAACAGUAACCCUCCCACAAAAGACUCUUUAUUACCCAGGUCUCCCGUAAAACCCAUGGACUCCAUAACAUCACCAUCUAUAGCAGAACUCCACAACAGUGUUACGAAUUGUGACCCUCCUCUCAGGCUAACAAAACCUUCCCAUUUUACCAAUAUUAAACCAGUUGAAAAAUUGGACCACUCAAGGAGUAAUACUCCUUCUCCCUUAAAUCUUUCCUCCACAUCUUCUAAAAACUCCCACAGUAGUUCUUACACUCCAAACA